AUGGCUACAUAUAUAAAUUGCACCAACCCGGAUGAAUUCUACCAGCUUAUCCCGCUACGACGGCCAGAGAAAACUGGUUGGCAAGAACCUACCAUGCCUCCUGCCUUCCUGGAGACCCAGAAAUUACAGACGACAGUAACACAAAAAGCAAGUGAAGAGAAAAUGAGUAAAUUAUCUCUAGACGACAAAGAUCCAAUGGAACAGUUUCCCCAAGGUGGCGAACUGCGAGAUGAGCUGUUCAAUAACAAGUCUGCUGUGCACUUGCCUCCUUUGGAGCUGAUGCAUCGAGGACAUCUCAGACUGAAAGUGACCCGGGACAUGAUGCAGACUGCGCUGAAUGCCUUCGGUAUUCUGCUGGGAGGCAACGUAGAUGAUGUGCUGGCCCUACCUCCUGACUAUGUACUGCGAUCCGCCCGCACAAUAGCCAUGAUGAAGUUAAGGAAUGAGAAACUAUAUGCCCUGUGGACCGUGGUGAAGAACGACCGCAAGGCUUCGGAAGUGCCGCACUAUGAGCUGGAGAUGUAUCGACCACUCUUCAAGUACCUCAGCGGAAGAGAAAUAUCGCGUCUGAACCUCUCCGAUGACAGAAUCCUCAGGUUUAUUGGCACGCAUCCUGAUCUUGACAGGCAUCAGAUGGGUGUGGUGGCCACCAAGAUCUUGCGGACCAUUCCCAACUGGCGUGAUGCGAAUUACAUCAACUUGAUGAACAACAUUCUCUGCGGCAUACCCAUGCACAUUUUGCAUAACCUGUCUAUAAACAUCUUCCUUCAGUUCCCUCAUCAGCUAGUCCCUCGGUCGUGUACGAGGUUCAAGAUGACUUGUCUCCACCGCGAAUCGAACUUAGAACCUCCGGAUCGCGAGCCAGCUCUACCGGUGAUUGGUAUGCCGUACAGCUGGGACGCACGGGAUGUGUCCCGGUUAGGGCUCCUCAUGGCCGAUGUCGAUGGACAGGACCUGGCUAUGAUCAAUCCAGAAUCUAUGUCCGGUAUCACUGCACGUAAAUGA